UCACCGCUAAGCAUGAGGUCACUAGAUGUGACUGCACCGUGGCAAGAGGAGGAGGAGGAGGACGUCGAGGUGGAGGAGAUGGAGCUGAGAAAGCAUCCACUUAACGACGGAAGGGACGAUCUCAGCGAGUCGAGCAGCGACGAGGCGACGAGCCGGAAACGACGGAAACACGGAGGGAGCGCGUCGAGCGGUGGCGGUUCGAGCGGCAGCACGACGAGAAGACGAAAAUCGUGCAUCAGCGCGAGGGAGAGAAAUCUAAGAAGACUGGAAAGCAACGAGAGGGAGAGGAUGAGAAUGCAUUCGUUGAACGACGCAUUCGAGCAACUUAGGGAGGUGAUACCGCACAUAAAGAUGGAGCGGAAGCUCUCGAAAAUAGAGACUUUAACGUUAGCUAAGAACUACAUAAUGGCACUCACGAACGUCAUCUGCGAGAUGCGCGGAGAGGAGAAGCACUACACAUUCCAAGACGCGGAGGAGGACAGUUCCGCGGAACUGGAGACCGGCUCCGAGGAGCCCACGAAUCGGGAACAGAACAACAACUCUCUGCACCAGCAGAACCUGGAGGUGCCGGCGCCAGAGAACGCCGCAGUCGCAGCACGCUGAAGAGUCCAUUCAAUUUAUCUUUCUCUCAUCCUUAUUUUAACUUACAUUAAGUUACGUUUCGCGUCGGAGAGGAUGCGUGCAGCACCAGAAGAAAGCCGAUUCCCUCACCCACCCAAGUGUUGUUUUUUUGUUUGUUUGUGAUCCGCAAAGACUGGACGGACGCCUCCGCCACCCAACCACCACCCCCCAUGCCAUAUAUAAAUAUAUAUAUAUAUAUAAAAAUAAUUUACCUUCAGCAAAAAAAAAAACAAUAUUUCACGUUUGUUGUUUGAAUCUUUGUUGUGUUUUUUAGCCCUCAAAUUUAUACAUUUAAGGUUUGUGAUUUUUGUGCUUCCGUGUCUAUGUUUGUUGAAUAUAUAUAUUUUUUUAAUUUUUAUUUUGUAUAGUAAUUGUACAUAUGAAUAACGAGAGCGACCGCAUACACACACAUAUAUAUAAAUAAAUAUCUAUAAACAUUGAAACGAAUUGGGGGCAGAGAGAAAGAGUGAGAGAGAGAGCCUACAAGUUCUAAAUGAGUAUUCGUAAUUUAUUAAGCAGGCGGCGUAGAGAAACAAAAUGAGACAAGAGCUCCUCCCUCGGAUCCGUCUCCAGUAGCAACAAUUAUCUUAUUAGUAUAAUAGAACGUAGCCUAAGAG